AUGCUAGGAGUAUCUCAUUUUACACAAGUAAAGGAUGGGAUCCGAAGCUCCGAUCUGCGUCAGCGAUCAAAAAUCAAAGAUGCCGUUCUGUACGCCAAACAGUUGAAGACAAAGUGGGCCGGACACGAAAUGCUUAUGAAUGACAACCGAUGGACAGGAGCCGUUAGUGACUGGAUUCUUCAGGAUGUCAAACUUACUGCAGGUAGACCACCGACCCGAUGGUCAGAGUUCUUCACGAAGAGACUAGAAGAAAGAUAUGAUGCUCGACGAGUCCAUAGAGUGAGCAGAACCCACUGGGCUACUCUUGCGCGCGAUAAGGAAAAAUGA